AUGGCGGGUCUCAAGAGAAAAAGAGCAACCCAUGAUCAGAUAAUAGUUGUAGACGAUUCUUCAGAUGAUGCAGAUCAUUACUUGACAGUUUCACUAAGUGGCUGCGAGUGGGAUCGAGGGCCGAUGCUCGGCCAAGGCGGAUUCGCGUCGGUUUAUUUGGGUUUCGUGAAAAAACCCAGGUUGUGUUUGAAGGGUGUGCCGAGGAUUGUGGCCGUGAAAUCGACAUUGGCAUCUCAGGCGCAUGAUCUGAUGGGGGAAGAUAUUCUUCUUUACAUUUUUCGUCACUGCCCUUUUGUUAUUAACUGCUAUGGAGAGGAUGAGACGAUUGGCGCUGAUGGCCGUCAUUUGUUCAAUGUGUUCUUGGAGUACGCGGAUGGAGGAACAAUGGCGGAUUUGAUUGAGAAAUCAAGGGGUUUUGGGUUGCGUGAAUUCCAAGUCAGAAAGUAUACAGAGUCGAUUUUGAAAGGGAUUAAGUACAUCCACGAAAGGGGUUUUGUGCAUUGUGAUCUCAAGCCUGAGAAUAUUCUGCUUGUGUCUGAUGCCGCUGGUUCCUCUGGUGGUGCUCGUUUUGUGCCGAAAAUCGGAGACUUGGGGCUCACAAAGAAGGCAAAUCAGAAGUGGGAGAAGCCUUCCUUUGGAGGCACACCAAUGUAUUUGUCUCCAGAAGCUGUGGUUUAUGGAAUUCAACAGCAGCCUUCUGAUAUUUGGGCGUUAGGUUGUGUUGUGCUGCAAAUGUUAACUGGGAGGCAUCCAUGGGAUUUCACACCUGGCGCCGUAUUUGACGUUCGGGACCUGUUAACUGCCCUGCUUGUUUCAAGAAUUCCUGCCAUUCCUGGUUGGUUAUCAAAAGAGGCUAAAGAUUUCUUGCGAUGUUGCUUUAUGUGGAACACUUCAGAGAGGUUUACUGCUGCUAUGCUCUUGAACCACCCAUUUAUGACUAAACUGGAUAAUGGGGUUGGAGAGGUUAAACCAAUUAAGCAAGUGUCUUCUGCAGUGGCUUCCUCUGUUCCGGAUUGUCCUAGCUUCAUACCCCUUGGUAGUUGGAAGUCUGAAGAUGCAGAGGAGAUGGCUCAAGAAAAUGUUGGUUUUUCUGAGCAGGAGAUUCUUCCUCUGAAGCUCAUGUCAAGCAUUCAUCCAAACAAUGAAAAAAUUGAAACGGGAAACAAAAAACAUCUAAACAAUUGUGUCCACUCAGACCAAAAACUAACUGGGAGGCAUCCAUGGAAUUUCACACCUGGCGCCGUAUUUGACGUUCGGGACCUGUUAACUGCCCUGCUUGUUUCAAGAAUUCCUGCCAUUCCUGGUUGGUUAUCAAAAGAGGCUAAAGAUUUCUUGCAAUGUUGCUUUAUGUGGAACACUUCAGAGAGGUUUACUGCUGCUAUGCUCUUGAACCACCCAUUUAUGACUAAACUGGAUAAUGGGGUUGGAGAGGUUAAACCAAUUAAGCAAGUGUCUUCUGCAGUGGCUUCCUCUGUUCCGGAUUGUCCUAGCUUCAUACCCCUUGGAAGUUGGAAGUCUGAAGAUGCAGAGGAGAUGGCUCAAGAAAAUGUUGGUUUUUCUGAGCAGGAGAUUCUUCCUCUGAAGCUCAUGUCAAGGCAUGUGGUUCCAAGCCCAAAACCAUCAACUUUUGCUAUAAUGGGUGCAGCUUAG